CGAGGGAGCGGGAGCCAGCGGGAGCCAGCCGGGACGAGGAUUUUGGUUCUCCGGUGGAGCAGCUCAUGGCUUCGGUGUUCAUGUGCGGGGUGGAGGAUCUGCUCUUCAGCGGGAGCCGCUUCGUCUGGACGGUGACAGUGGCAGCGCUGAGGAGGUGGUACGCUGCCCGGCUGCGGGCGUGCCGGCAAGCCCUGCGAGCAUGGUGCGGCCUCCGGGACGUCUACCAGAUGACAGAGGGCCGGCACUGCCAGGUGCAUCUCCUCGAUGACAGGAACUUGGAGCUGCUGGUUCAGCCCAAACUUUUGUCUCGGGAGUUACUGGAUCUGGUGGCCUCACACUUCAACCUGAAAGAAAAGGAGUAUUUUGGGAUAACAUUUAUAGAUGAUACAGGUCAGAGUGUCUGGCUGCAGCUGGAUCACCGAGUCCUGGACCAUGACUUGCCCAAGAAACCAGGCCCGGCAACUUUGUACUUUGCUGUUAGGUUCUAUAUUGAAAGCAUUUCCUUUCUCAAGGACAAAACUACAGUAGAGCUGUUCUUUCUGAAUGCCAAGUCCUGUGUACACCAGGGGCAGAUUGAAGUGGAAAGUGAGACCGUCUUCAAGUUGGCAGCCCUGAUUUUGCAG